GCAAAGCAUUUUGGUAUAUUGUAGAGGUUGAGAGAGAAAAAGGAACCAAGGUUAAGAAGAAGAACCAAAGAGAGUGAGAGGCUCAAAACACCAAAGCCAAACCCUAAAAUUUUCAAUUUCUUCCCAAAUCACCAAUCUUUCAUUCUUUUCUGAUAAUUCAGAUCCAAAUACCACCUGGGUUCGAUUCAAAAUUCAAUCUUGCAAUCCCUAAAAGCGUUGUUAUGUUUUAUUACAGAUCGUACUUGUUCUUAGUGUUUUGAAGAGGCAAGGAAUCUUGGGUUUGGCUUACAUUUUAGAGAUCUUUGUUUAGAGAUUCUUGAGUUUAGGGGGAGACCCUUGAUUAGAAGUUAAUCAAGAUGAUGUCAAAGUCGUAUACCAACCUUAUGGAUCUUGCUUCCGGCAACUUUCCGAUAAUGGGCCGGGAGAGGAAGCGGCUGCCCAGAGUAAUGACGGUUGCCGGGGUGAUAUCGGAGCUGGAUGAUGAUAAUGCCAAUAGCGUGUCUUCGGAUGUGCCGUCGUCGAUUAUGCAGGACCGGAUUAUUAUUGUGGCUAAUCAGCUGCCGGUGAAAGCUAAGCGGAGGCCGGAUAAUAAAGGGUGGAGUUUCAGUUGGGACGAGGACUCGUUGCAGUUGCAGUUGAAGGAUGGCUUGCCGGAAGAUAUGGAGGUUUUGUAUGUAGGGUCGUUGAAUGUAGAGGUGGAUUCGAAUGAGCAGGAUGAUGUGUCGCAGUUACUGUUGGAUAGGUUCAAAUGUGUUCCAGCAUUCUUGCCGGCUGAUAUUUUGACCAAGUUUUAUCAUGGGUUUUGUAAGCAGCAUUUGUGGCCUCUGUUCCAUUACAUGCUUCCGUUUUCAGCAAAUCACGGUGGAAGGUUUGAUCGGACUUUGUGGGAGGCGUAUGUGGCUGCAAACAAGAUCUUCUCACAAAGGGUGAUUGAAGUCAUAAAUCCUGAGGACGAUUAUGUGUGGAUUCAUGAUUACCAUUUAAUGGUGCUGCCUACAUUCUUGAGGAGGAGGUUCAAUAGAUUGAGAAUGGGGUUUUUUCUUCACAGCCCCUUCCCGUCAUCAGAAAUUUACAGGACUCUACCUAUUAGGGAAGAGAUUCUUAAGGCGCUUUUAAAUUCGGACCUUAUUGGUUUCCAUACUUUUGAUUAUGCCCGGCAUUUCCUAUCUUGUUGCAGUCGAAUGUUGGGUUUGGAGUAUCAGUCGAAAAGGGGUUAUAUUGGGUUGGAUUAUUAUGGAAGGACAGUUGGGAUAAAGAUCAUGCCUGUUGGGAUUCACAUGGGGCAGAUUCAGUCAGUGUUGAAACUGGCAGACAAGGAGUGGAGUGUAGGAGAAUUGAAACAAAAGUUUGAAGGAAAGACUGUGUUGCUUGGUGUUGAUGAUAUGGACAUCUUCAAAGGUGUCAAUUUGAAGCUCUUGGCAAUGGAACAGAUGCUGAAGCAGCACCCGAAGUGGCAGGGGAGAGCAGUCUUGGUACAGAUAGCAAACCCAGCUAGGGGAAGAGGGAAAGAUCUUGAGGAAACACAGGCUGAAAUAUAUGCAAGUGUGAAGAGAAUAAAUGAAAAAUAUGGUCAGAAUGGAUAUGAACCCAUUGUCUUCAUUGAUAAACCAGUGUCUCUUAGUGAAAGAGUUGCGUAUUACACUGUAGCCGAGUGUGUGGUGGUCACGGCUGUGCGGGAUGGGAUGAAUCUUAUUCCAUAUGAGUACAUUGUAUGCAGGCAAGGGAACUCUACAUCAGAAUCAGAAUCAGAAUCUAGUGGGCCCAAGAAGAGCAUGCUGGUUGUAUCAGAGUUCAUAGGCUGUUCACCUUCACUUAGUGGUGCAAUUCGGGUUAACCCAUGGAAUGUUGAAUCAACAGCUGAGGCCAUGAAUGAGGCAAUUUCGAUGGCUGAACCUGAGAAACAGUUGCGCCAUGAGAAGCAUUAUAGGUAUGUCAGUACACAUGAUAUGGCUUACUGGUCACGGAGUGUUUUCCAGGACAUGGAGAGGACGUGCAAAGACCAUUUCAGAAGACGUUGUUGGGGAAUUGGACUGGGUUUUGGCUUCAGGGUUAUAGCACUGGAUCCUAACUUCAGAAAACUGUCUAUUGAUGCCAUUGUGAAUGCUUAUGUGAAAUCUAAGAGGAGGGCUAUAUUGUUAGAUUAUGAUGGCACUGUGAUGCCUCAAACAUCGAUAAAUAAGACCCCAAGUCAAGAGGUCAUCUCCCUAAUCAAUACACUUUGUGGUGAUGCUAAAAACACUGUCUUUGUGGUCAGUGGAAGAGGAAGGGAUAGUUUGAGCAAGUGGUUUUCUCCUUGCAAGAAACUUGGAAUUGCUGCUGAACAUGGUUAUUUUGUAAGGUGGUCUGCCGACAAGGAUUGGGAAAUUUGUGGACAGAGUAGUGACUUUGGGUGGAUACAGAUAGCUGAGCCAGUCAUGAAAUUGUACACAGAAGCCACUGAUGGUUCCUCUAUCGAGACCAAGGAGAGUGCAUUGGUGUGGCACCAUCGAGAUGCGGACCCAGAUUUUGGUUCCAGCCAGGCUAAAGAAUUGUUGGACCAUUUAGAAAGUGUUUUGGCAAACGAACCAGUAGCUGCCAAGAGCGGUCAAUAUAUUGUGGAAGUAAAGCCACAGGGUGUCAGUAAAGGCCUGGUUGCUGAAAAGGUAUUCACAACGAUGCACGAGAGUGGGAAGCAGGCAGAUUUUGUUUUGUGCAUUGGUGAUGAUAGAUCUGAUGAGGACAUGUUCGAGAUUAUUGGCAAUGCACUCAAUAAUGGGGUCAUCUCAUCCAAUACGAGUGUAUUUGCUUGCACAGUUGGACAGAAACCCAGUAAAGCCAAGUACUAUUUGGAUGACCCUACUGAUGUCAUAAUGAUGCUUGACGCUCUUGCAGACGCUUCAGAUUCUCCAGCUUCCUCUGAUGGCGAAACAGGAAGCCCUUGAAACCUUCCCCUGACUUUUUGUUAGGCUCCAGUGUUCUCUCCACAAAGGCUUGAUGGUUAACUGCAUGCUGGGCUUUGAUUGAAGAAAGUGAAGAUCCUUUUCUGCUUUCUGGGAGCAACCUUUGGGAGAAAACAUCCUCUAUGACCUUUUGAACCAAUAUUUGCAGACAAUUUCCAAGCAUCACUGGAUUUGCUAUCUCAUGUGCAUAGACAAUCAAUGCUGAGUGUGGAUUAUAGUAUAGUGGAUUUACUUGGUAAAGAACAUAACUUCUAGAUCAGUGCAUACUUUGAAAUGGAAUGCGGAAAUCAUUGGUUGGAUCAUAUUCAUGUGAAGGUUGACAUAUCUGAGGGAUGUGGAUUGCUAUAAGCUGGGAAGUAAAAAGGGGUCUGUGCUGGUCAGUCAUAAUGCACAUUGAGGCUAUACUGGUUUUUCUUUUUGGAGUGAAUUUGCUUUGCCAUUUGUUUCUGGGAUCAAUUCCUUUGCUUAUUCAAUCUGUACAUUAUAUAGCAAUAUCUGCAAGAAAAAGAUGCCCCAAAUAAUGCAUCUUUCAGGUUUCUGGAA